CCAAACUCACCAGCAAAACCCCAGUGUUAGACCAGUUCCAGUGAUUUAUCACUCCGACGACAUCAGAAAAACCAGCAAAGAUGAGUAAGCUCAUCCGAGCCGCCAUGAAAUUGAGCCGCCUAAUGGAAACGGCUCGGCCGAAUCCGCGGCUGCCUUCCACAUUCUUCAUCUCGCCGAAGCUAUUCUCCACCGAAGCAUCAGAGCCGAUUCUCGGCUCCACCAACGAUCAAUUUCUUCGAACCCCGCCCACUGGUUUGGUUUAUGGAAAACUCACUAGUAUCACGAAGCACACGACGAAAAGUGAUAUAAUCAACUUGCUUGAAGGGUGCAACUUGAAUCUGGAAAAUCUCAAAGUUGAAUAUGGUCGAAGUUAUCUUCCAGUGUCAAUGAUGGUUGAAUUUCCAUCUAGAACAGUUUUUGAUGCUGCUAUCAGGGCAAUUAGCAGGAAGGGCCGCUUGUAUAAUCUUACGAAGGUUGAUAAAUCUGAUUGGGAUACUCAUGCUCCUUAUGAUGGAAAAGCGAUUUUACUGCAUGGAAUUCCUCGCAAUGCCUUGAUGGAUGACGUCGAGCGCACCCUUUCCGGUUGCCUGUAUGAUUCAUCUUCCGUUCAGAUGUUUGUCAGGCCCACAAGUCAAGGCCCGAUCAGAAUGGCACUCGUUCGCUUCCCAUCCCAAGCUUUGGCCAUGCAUGCAUAUAUUACCAAGAACAGAGGCUUUUGUCUCAAUAAUCAAAUCACAGUGCAAAUUCUCUAUUAGCCUUUUCUUUUAUUUGAUGGUGAAACUUUAUGCCCGAAUUGAAAUUCCCCUUAUUUUUGUUCGGAAUGAUUUUGAGAUAUCUAGUCCGUUGUGACCUGCGAGUCCCGGAUUAGGGUUCAUGCAGCUGAAAUUACGGGUUCCUUCAGGCGACCAACUUUUUCCAGAUCUUGUUAAGGAAAGCAGAAAAUUUCUUAUUGCUUUAACAUUUUUGGUAGCAAAUAAUAUGUGCGUUAAAUUCUUGAGCAAGUUAAUGAUUGCCGAUGAUUUUCUUGGAAAUUA